AUGCUUUGCACGCCCAGGGUGCAGCUUUUUCCGUCCCGCUUUGGCUCAACCAUGUUUACUGUAACUGCCCAUAGCUCGAAGGCUGCGGCAGACAGAGUCCUGCUUCCUGCCACUUGCAGACCUCCAGGAAUGGUUCGCAGCCCGAGAAUUGCUAGGGGUGCAAGAAGCAAACUACUAUGCAAUGUCAUUGCUGCCUCGCUUUUGUAUGGGGGCAUGCAGCUGGCCCGUCAAGCCAAGAAUGCUGCCGGAGACGUGUUUGUUCUCCCUCCACGGGCCGGUCCUGCAACCAUAAACUUUCAUGCUCCGGAAGGAUCAACAAUUGCAAGCACUGCCAAUCUUGCAAAGAGUAUUGUUGGGGCUGGGGUGCUAUCGCUUCCAUGUGGAGCCGCAAAAGUGUUUGAUGCAGCAGAGCAAGGAGGUUACGAUCAUGUGUCCAGCAUUGCGUUCCUUCUUUUGCUUUAUGCCGUCUUUGGUGGCCUGAAUGCUGGUGGUUUCUACCUUAUCGGGGAAGUAUGUGAGCGGACAGGGGCCCGCACUUAUCAGGAAGCUUGGAACAAGACCUUGGGGGAUCGGCUUGAAUGGCUGCCAAGUGCUGCCUCGCUGGUAUGCAGCUUUACUGGCAUGGUGGCAUGCAUCUCUGUUCUUGGAGACACCACGUCAGAGCUCGCCUCCUUUCUCUCUCAAGCCUUUGUCGCCAAAGAGAUUCUCAUCAGUGGAAUUUCCACUUUUGUUCUUUUUCCAUUGUGCAUGUUGCCAUCCCUGUCACCCUUGGCGUUUGCCUCCGUCUUGGGACUUGCAGGUGUUUGUAUUCUGGCCUUUGUGAUGACAAUCCGCUAUUUGGACGGCUCAUAUGCUCCAGGCGGCGCUUUCUACAGCGAUGCUAGAGCAGCUGUAGAUGGCCUUUCACAAGUUGCCAUUCAUGGAACAGGUGACAGCCUUCAAGGUGUUUUCUUUCAACAGCUGAUUAUCUUCGCGGCUGUUCUCUCGAACGCCUUCACUGCUCAUUUCAACGCACCUGCCAUUUUCAAUGAGCUUGAGCCACGCAUUAAUGCAAGUGGAACUUCCUCUCGGCUGCCUGAGUUCACCAUCGUCACUUUGGCUGCCUUCUUGUUAUCAGGUCUGGUAUUUAGCACCAUCACCAUCGCAGGAGUGGAGACCUUUGGCAUUUCCGGUGGCCCGUCCAUUCUCACAAGUUACUCUUCCGCGGAUCCUCUCACUUGGGUAGCGAAGAUUGGUCUUGGGCUGUGUGUUCUUUUUGAAUUUCCCCUGCUCGAACGGUGCUUUCGCAAAACUGUAGUGGAACUGUUUAAGGUUCCAGAAGUUGUGGAGCAAAAUUCAGUGACCGUUGUGGCAUCGAUUGCAGCAGCAGUUGCUUUGGCCUGCAUGCCCAACUUCGGCUUGGACAAGUCCUCCGCCAUUGGUGGAGCACUUGGCGCUUCUUUCUUGGUCUAUGUAGCCCCCGCCCUGAUGGCAUUGCAACUCCGAAAAGCCGAAUCCGGAGCCUCCGGAGCUGAAGAUGCCGAAGAUGCUGAUGCUGAAGCGAGAAAGAUGCUUCUCAGAGGCGUCGCUGCUUUGGGUUCUGUACUUGGAGGGUUGGGCAUGGCAGAGGCAAUGCAACCUUAA